UUCACAGCCGGGGAGCGCGGCCUGGCGGGGAGGUGUCUCCCGUGCUCCCCGCACAGUCACAGUCCGCGCGCUCACACACUUGGAAGCGCCUCCCCACGUCCCUCCCCUGCCCUCCUCUUGCUCUGCUCUUCUCUCUCUCACCGCAAAUAGUCGCCGACUGACUGCCAAUCCGCCUCUCUCUCUCAGAACAACAUGACUGACUGGGAAGCGGUGGCUCAGGCGGAGCUGCUCCGCCGGCGCAGGCAGGAGGAGCCGGAGGAUUAUUAAAUAACGCAGCUCGACUCUGUGCAACUGGGAGUGGAGAGAAGGAGCCCGAAGCCGAGAAGGGGAGGGAGGGCAGAGGAGGGGGACCAGGAAGGACACCCCCGUGCCCCGAAGACAUAAUUCCCUGAGUGCCCCGGAGGAGGCUUAACAAGCGGCGCGCAGCCCUCAAGGCUGCGAAGUUGACUAUCACAGUGCAAGCCUUGGAGUCCCAAUGGGGGACUCAGGAUCAAGACGAUCUACCCUGGUCUCCCGGUUGCCAAUAUUCAGAAGAAGUAUUAGCAGAAGACAUGAUUCUCUUCCUUCUUCACCCUCCUCCAGUAAUACAGUUGGUGUCCACAGUUCUCCUUCCAGCACUAACUCAAGCUCAGGUAGUACAGGUAAACGCAGAAGCAUAUUUCGUACUCCGUCCAUUAGCUUCCACCAUAAGAAGGGGAGCGAACCGAAGCAAGAAUCUACCAACCAGAACCUUAGUAUUUCAAAUGGUGCUCAACCUGGUCAUGGCAGUACGCAAAAACUGAAUUUAGAAGAGCAUGUUAAAACCAGGGGAAGACAUUCUGUUGGUUUUAGUAGUUCACGAAAUAAGAAGAUAACAAGAUCUUUGACAGAGGAUUUUGAAAGGGAAAAGGAGCACUCAGCUAAUAAGAAUGUUUUUAUAAAUUGUCUAAGUUCUGGCAAAAGUGAGGGGGAUGAUUCUGGAUUCACAGAAGAACAAACUCGUCGUUCUAUUAAAUACUCAACAAGAAAGCUACUUCCUAAAUCUUUUUCAUCUCACUAUAAAUUCUCUAAGCCAGUACCACAGAGCCAGUCCAUUUCAUUGGUACAACAGUCUGGAUUCUCAUUGGAAAUUACACAAUACCAGGAGAAAGAACCUGUAUUAGUAAGGGCUUCUCCAUCUUGUUCUGUGGAUGUAACAGAACGGGCAGGAAGCUCCUUACAAUCCCCUUUGCUUUCUGCUGAUCUUACCACAGCUCAGACACCUUCAGAGUUUUUAGCCUUGACUGAAGAUUCUGUGUCUGAAGCGGAUACAUUUCCCCAAAGUGGAAGCCUGGCAUCCCACUGUGACAACCUUGGCCACAAUGAUUCUACCUCUCAGAUCUCUCUCAAUCCUGCUGCUGUUACAAAGACAACAAUAGAACUUAUGGCAAAUGUUCCCUGUGCAAGUGUGUCUCCUGGGAAAUACAGAUUAGAAGGUCGAUGUAGUACAGAAUCUAAUUCCUUACCUGAAACCCCUGCUGCUAACCAGAAGGAAGUGUUAUUACAAAUCACUGAACCACCUGUUAUGGAUGUGAAUGACUCAAAGAUUCACCUAUCAAUAGAUAAUCAAAGAGAAGAAAAUAUGGUGUUACAAAAUGGUGAAACAAUGUUGGGGACAAGCUCCCCACGGAAACUUGGAUUUUAUGAGCAACAUAAAGCAGUACCGGAGCGUGUUAAAGGGAUCCAUCCUAUUUCAGAUUCAAAGAUAAUACCCUCUUCUGGCGAUCGUCAUAUUUUUAACAAAACAUCAUGUGGUUAUGAAGCAAAUCCUACCAAAGUUCUUGCCAGUAGUUUCAGUCCGUAUCGUGAAGGAAGAUUCAUAGAGAGGCGACUACGAUCCUCAUCAGAAGGAACUACAGGGAGUAGCAGAAUGAUUUUGAAACCAAAAGAUGGAAAUGCAGAAGAAGUUAAUAGUUUAAGAAAGCAGAGGGCAGGCUCCUCGUCUUCAAAAAUGAAUAGCAUGGAUGUUUUGAAUAAUUUGGGAUCUUGCGAACUAGACGAAGAUGAUCUCAUGCUUGAUCUAGAAUUUUUAGAGGAACAGAACCUUCAUCCUUCGGUUUGCCAGGAGGAUUCGUACCACUCUAUAGUUUCAUGUGCUGCUGUCGUUCUCACUCCUAUGGAUCCACCAAUGGAAAUGAGGAAAAGAGAAGAACUGAAAUUUCCUGAGCCUUCCAAACACUGUUGUGACAGUUCAUCAAGAGUCUCCAUUGCCCUCUUCAGUCCUCUACUUCAUCAAACAUAAUCUCCUCCAGCAACUGAUCCCUUCUGAUGAUGUGUCCUAAGCAGGCGAGCCAGUCGGACAGUCUUAUGUUGUGAUCCAAAAGGUUUUCCUUGGCAGAUUUUUGGGAAUAGAUUACUAGGCCUUUCUUCCUAGUCUUAGUCUGGAAGCUCUGUUGAAACCUGUCCACCAUGGGUGACCCUGCGGGUGUUUGAAAUACCGCUGUUAUAACUUCUAGCAUCAUAGCAACAUACAAGACACCUUAUUAGUAUGACAAACUAACAGAUGGACGAUGAGCCUUUAGAUUAGGGAUAUUUUAAGGGUCUCCAGGCCAGCAGUGUAUUGGUUUGGAGUUGAGAAUUAUAGAAUGCAAUCAUUAUUGCAUGUUAUUUUCAGCCAUUUACGGUAGUAAAUAUUUUAAGUCCAUUACGCAAUAAUUCUUAGAAUACUAUGAAGGAAGCAAUAUGCUCAUCUUAAUUCAGAAACUGAGUAAUUCAGUAACUGUUUUAAGUUUAUAUGCUUAGUAAUUGACAGCUGGGAAUUAGACUCACAUUAGUUCUAUAACAAAGGUGCCAAUAUAUUUUGCAGUUCAACAUCAAGUUAAAGUUAUUUCUAGUUCUAUUGUGACUUCUUAUAUAAUGGAAUUAACUGGGCUCUUACUUUGUUCCCUAGUAACCACAUUUUGUUCUAUUUCCAGGUCAUCCUCUUAGAAUUGAUUAGUUAGCAAAUGUUUUUAUUGUGUGCUGUCAAGUGGAUUCUGACUCAUAGCAACUGUCUAAGACAGAGACUACAGAGUAGAACUGCUCCAUUAUAAGGGAUGAUAUUCACACAUCUUCUCUUCCAUGCAAUUAAUAUAGCCACAAUGAACAGCAGUCAUUUACACAAAUGCACUAGUGUAACAGAAAUAGUAUAACAUUUGAGAAUAUAUUUAUUAUAUGUGUAUGUGUUUAAAUCAUUCUUGGUAGAUUUCAAAGUAAAAUAGAAUUUUUUCUGGGAUUCAGAAAUUCAAAGUUCUAUUGCUACUAACAGCUUAGCUUUGGGCCAUCCAUUGUCAUCACCUGAAAAGACGAUCUUCAUGAUUCUCCAAUCUCUGUAACAAAUCUGACAAUAUGAAUACUUUCCCAAUGUUCUACAUGCAGAAAAAUCUGGAAGAAAGAAGUAUCUGAAAAAUCACAUUAUAAAAUAUCAGGAUAUUUGUUAUAGACCUAUAAUCAUGAAAUUAAAUGUUGUUUACCCUAUUAAGCUAAAGAUACCAAAAAGGCUUAUGUCUUCAUAAAGUUGAAAGCCAGGGUGGGGAGAGUGGACAUACUUCUAAGACAUACCUAAUAGACAGUAUUCUAAAUGAUGAGAGCUCAACAGGACUAUGUGAGGGGAAAAUUUUUUUUUAAAAAAAGCCUUUAUUGCUGAGAGCAGUUUAAGAGCAUUCCAGGCUGGGACAAGCUAGAAAGAAUUUCUGGGGUGAGUAAAUCCAGUUUUUAUCCUUUUGUCUAAAUUCUUUAAAGGUGGGGCUAAUUUCUUUACUUUAUAAACAUACAUACCUUAGGAACUUGAUUGAAAUUGAGCAUCAUAUUGAGAAGCAACAUAUCCUUAUAAGGAAAACUUCAGGCACGUUUUCCAGGGAGUUGGGGCUUAAGCUUCACGCAGCAAGCUGCCGCAGUAUCCUCCAAUGAUUAGCCAAGGGGCAAACAGCUGGAACAGAGCUAGCAGAAAAACAGCGGGGCACAGCUGAAAUCUUCUAACUUCCAAAACGCAACCACCUUGUGUCUGCUUUUGGCAGCCUUCCGUGUGAAGAUGAAAUUUUCCACUACUGCUAGUCAGACAGCUCAGACAAAACUCCGUUUUUUGUCCUCAUGUGUUGUUGCUGUUCCUACAUUCAUGUAAUUCUCUAAUUUUUUUCACCCUGUCUUUUUGUAUUAGAGAAUAUCUAGUUGUAGUGACAGAAAAGCGAAUGAGAGCAAGGAAAAACUACAUGGAAUUUAAAUUCUCUUUUUAAAAUUGGGCAAAUGACUGAAUGUUUCUAUAAUAGAAUGUGCCUCUGCUAGAAAGUUAAUGUAAAAACACUGUUUCCAAGAUUUAGAUGGUUUCUGAUUCUUGAACACUUUGUUUUUUUUUUUUAAAUCCUUGAACAUUUUAUACCAGUUAAGAAGAACAAUCAUUGUAACAUUACCAAGAUCAAAAUUAAUGUUUUACCAAAAAGAAAGCUUACCCAUGAACACAUACGUUCAUUAAUUUUAAAUUCCUUCAGGAGAAAGAUAAGACAAAAUAAUUGUGUGUGUGUUAUUUCAAAAAUCAAAUAUUAAAAGACACGUUCAAUUUUAUGCAACAAAUAAACUUGAAUUCCUCUUAUAUAAAGGUCAUACAGAUAGUGCAAAAUCAUUUUUAUUAGAAAAAUUAAGCAAAUUCAGGUAUGAAAAACUCAAACCAAACCUCUUGCCAUCGAGUCGAUUCCAACUCAUGUAUAGGUAAAAAAAAAAAGUUUUAUAUUCAAAGAAAAAUUGUUUUUAAAAAUAGCCAACUAUAUGAUGUUCUCUGAUUUCUAAUGCUUCAAAAAUAUUUACCGCCUUUUAUCUUUCCCAAAUGCUUUACUGAAAGAGUAAUCAACUUCUUCAAAGGUCAUUAGAUAGCUAAAUGUCUAGAAAUAUUUUCAUAUACCAAUCCUGCCUCUAAAAAAAAAGUUUGUAGAUUUGGAAUUUUUAAAGACUCCAAAGCUCUUAGAAGAGUUUCUAAUAGCAAUUGCGUGCCAUUAAUAACUCAAGAGCCUCAUGCAGUUUCUGAACUGCCAUGAGCCUCAGUUUCCUCAAUUUAAUGUUUUUUUAUGUGAAUGUAACAUGUAAUAUAAGGCUUUUUUUGAAAAUUUAACUGGACAAUUAAAUUAAAAAAAUCAUACCAGUGUACCUUAUAUACAGUAAUUCUUAUUAAAUAUUAGAUGAUUGAAUUAAUCAUACUAAUGUUUGCCAGUUUUAUCGUACAUUUGGAAAAUCUCUUACCAGUACAGUCCUCCCCCCUUCCCCCUUGAAUUCAAGACUCACUAAGCAUUUGAUAAAAUGGAAUUUAUAUUAGCCAAAAUUAAAUUAAAACUAGACUGUUGGAUACAGAUACCAGGAAGUAUAUAAUUUAAAUUACUAACAUAAAAGGCUCAUUUUUAAAAAGAAUUUGGUUCUUACCUAUAUAUAAUCUUGGAAUCUUGUAUAUCCUAAAUUCUAUGAAGUUUGCAUAAACUACUGAAUUUUAAAUUGUGUUUGGGUAUUAUAUGUCAAAAAUUGGUGAUAUUGUUAAGUAUAAAUGGAGAAAGCAUGUGAUGGUUUUUAAAGCUUUACAUAAAAUUAUACAAGUGUUAGGAGGAACACUACUAUUCCCCGUUUCUUUCUUUAUCACAGUAUUAAAUAUCUUCGCUGACAGCAUAGGGAGAAUUAUAAGGAUGUAAAGAGUAAAUCUUCAUCAGUAUUGGACAGGGAAAAUGAUGACACAUACUGACAGUCAUUUAUAACAGAAUUUAACUUGAAAGUGAUAAUUUCUCAGCAUUUGACUUACGUAUUUAUUCAAGGCGGUAGAACAAAAUUCCUCAGUCCCUAACCAGAAAAAACCAACCCACUGCCAUCGACUAGGGUCCCCUUUUAAGCUGGAUUUUGAAAUAUGAAAAUAUACUUUUUUGUCAUACAAUGACUUUGAAAAUGCAAAUGAAAAAAUAAUUGUGUGGCAACUUUUGCAGUUUUUUUCCUCCACUUUAUCCCAUUAAAUGAGCCCUGGUUGCACAAUGGUUAAGCGCUCAGCUCCUAACCAAAAGGUCUUGGCGAUUUGAACCGACCAGUAGUUUCGCUGGAGAAAGAUGUGGCAGUCAGCUUCUGUAAAGACUGGACCCUUGGAAAUGCUGUGGGUAGUUAUGCUCUGUCCUAUAAGGUUCAUGUGAGUUGAAAUCAAAUCAACAGCAAUGGGUUUGGUUUUGGAAUGAUUAAUGGUAUUGAGCAUCUUUUCAUGUGCUUUCUGACCAUUGUUACAUCUUUGGAGGAAUGUCUAUGUAAGUUCUUUGUCCAUUUCUUAAUUGAGUUGCUUGUCUUUUUGUUGUUUAAUGCUAUUUUGAUAAUAAUUAAAUUUCUUUAAAAAGUUAAAGCAUUACAUCUGUUUAUUCUGAGUGCCUACUACCUAGAUACUUUUCAUUUUACAUUUUCUCAUCAUUAAAAUUUUUAGAUGCAGUUGAACUAUCUCUCCUAUAUAUUUUUGAAAUAUUUGAAAAUGUCAGAUUUUUGCUUCUUACAAUGUAUUUUUCAAUAUUCAGGUGAGUUUUACUUACAUUACAAUCAAUACCAGAGCUUUGUGUUUGAAUUUUGCCUUAUCUCAUACUGGCCAAUUGUUGAGAAAGGGUUUUUAGAGUCUUCCGUGUUGUACUUUUGUUGUCCACCUAAUGAUUUGCAUAUUGGACAGCUGAAUAUUGCAGGAAUAUGUCUACAGUUUGAUUCUUCAACUAGUAGUAAAUUAUUCUUUAUUAUACUGGUAUUUAGUAAGCACCUUGUAUAUGCCUCUCACUUAGGCACCAUGAGGGUACAGAAAUAGUACAUUAUAAUCCUUUCCCUUCUAAGAAAUCUGUAGCUUCAUAACUGCCAUAUCUUAGGUUGUAGUACAUGUAUCUAAACUUUAGUGUUUCUUGGUCAAAUUUGACUUUGUAAUCACUAUAUUUUAAUGUGUUAAUGACCCGCUGCAGAUGCUAGCUAAAAGUGACUAGUGCUCCCUUGUUAUUUGUCUAACAAUUUAAUCAUUUAAUUAAGAAGACAGUACACAGACCAACUGAUUUUAUAAAUAGGAGUAUGAAUAUGCUGCUCAUUUUUGCCAUUAACCAGUUAUCAACAUUUAGAAAAAUAUUGAUGUUGCUAAAAUAUGUCUAAUUUAUGAAAGUUAAUUAUUUUUCAGCUCCUCUAUUAAAGAGUUCUUCUGCUUUUAUAAUGUUCAUAAUGAUAGCCAUACUUUAUGUACGGAACUGUACUAAACAUCAGUAAGGAGCCCUGCUGGUGCAAUGGUUAAGCACUGGGUUGCUAAUGGCACAGUGGGCAAUUCAAACCCACCAGCUGCUUUGUGGAAGAAAAGACCUGGCAAUCUCCUCCCAUAAAGAUUACAGUGUAGGAAACCCUAUGAGACAGUUAUCCUUGGUCUUAUAGGGUCACUAUGAGUCAGAAUCCACUUGAGGGCAUACAACAACAGCAAACUUCAGUAGGGAAAAAAAAAAUUAAAAACAUAGUUUUUAGAGGUAUUCAAAAUAUUUCAAAUUACUUCAUGAUGAUCCAUUUUUCUUUUAGAGGACAUUGCUCUGUGGAGAAAAGGGAAAAGGUGUUUUUCCUCAAACCACUAACAAGUUUAUACCUGCAGGGAGUUCUCAGCGACCUUAAUUAGAGCAUGUCUACAGUGAAUUUGACUCUCUGGCACUCAGCAACAGUCCUAAAGCUCAAGAAGGACUGAUCUCUUCUCGGUUAACUUCUAGCUCCUCCUUAAAUGUUCGUGGCACUAUAUUCUAUGCAUUAGAAUUAAAAGCUACAUUCUGUAAAUCAAAUUCAGGGAAGCAAGUAGGCAUUUAUUGAACACCUUCUAUGAGACAGACAACAAGUCACUAGAGUGCAAAGAUGAUUAAAAGAAUGAGCUAAAAUUUACAACGGGGAAAUUGAGAACAGAGCUUAAUCAAUUCAUUAAUCAUAGUUUUUAAUCUGUAAUUCUGCUAAAGAAAAAAAAAAUCCUGUUUUCAUAGACGGAUGGUGUCAAUAAAACUGUACCUAGAUAUAUGUUUCUACUCACAAGAAAAAUUAAAAUACUGUGAAAAGUAAAUACAGUACUUAAAUCAGACAAGUGAUUUUCCUUGACAUUAGUGUAGUUGACCUUAAUUAAUAAUUUGAUGAAAAUUUGUGCCAAUUUAAUCCAUGUUUGUUUGUUAGCUAAGUUAACAUCCAUGCAUUAGUUUUAUGUGAGUUGAAAUCUUUACAGAAAAAAUAAAUGUAAUUCUUCUUUUGUUUUCCAAUUUUCUUUUUGUUUUGUUUUUCUUCAAGGAACUGUAGUGGAAAAUGAAAAGCAUAGAUCUGUAAAGGACAUUACAUUUCCUAAAUACAAACUUUUUUUUUCCCCUGCUUAAGCACAUCUACUGUUAGUUUGUUAAAGCGUUUUGCCUUAUAUAGACUCUAAAAGUCUCAAAAAUGAGUAUUUACUUCCCUGGUGAUUUCUGCAUUAAGUUUAAUAAAAUCCUUAGUGGGUUCAUAUGUGUUAGGUUUUCCUUACUUUUUUUUGUAACUCUUCUACCUUUGAAAUCACAAGCUGUUACUCCCCAGGUGUCUUUUGUACUGGUUUGUAUGGUUCUAAGUCUGAAUUUGAAUUAUUUUACUGGUCUAUUCAGGAAACUAUUAAACUUUUUAUAUCAGUAAGAAAAGGAAAACUAUCUCAUUACACAUUUGAAUGUAAAUUACUUAAAGGAUAAUUAAAUAUUUGAAUCAUAUUUACAGUCAGAAUACUCAGAAUAUGCUUGCUGAUUUAGGACAGAGAGUAAAUUAUUUCAAAAUAGAGCUACUUUGUACCCAAAUAUUACACAUUUUUACAUAAACCCAUUGCCGUCAAGUCAAUUCCAACUCAUAGCAACCCUAUAUGACAGAGUAGAACUGUCUCAUAGGGUUUCCAAGGAGCAGCUGGUGGAUUCGUACUGCUGACCUUUUGGUUAGCAGUGGAGCUCUUAACCACUGUGCCACCAGGGCUCCUCUUGUUACAUAGCAUCACUGAAAAAUUCUAACAAACCACACAUGUACUCCCACAUACAUAUAUGUAUUUUGAUGGUUGAGUCUUUCACCAGUGAAUUACCUAGUUUUCUUAUUGAGUUUUACUAAAAUUCUGCUUAUUUAUCUUAUGUGGUCACUUAGGCUCCUCUAGCUAUUGCUCGCUCUAAAAUCCUUCAAAGCUAACCUCAUUGAGAGAGUUCUCAACAUUUUCCAUUUUCUCACUCCUUCCCAGCUAAAUGGUUUUCAUAUCUCUAAAUCCAGCAGACACAUUUCAGUUUCCUUUUACAUAAGAUUGACAAAUUUUGAAACGAUUAAUCACAUCUAUCAUUAUGUUUGGAAACCCUCAUGGUGUAGUGGUUAAGUGCUACAGCUGCUAACCAAAUGGUCAACAGUUCAAAUCCACCAGGCACUCCUUGGAAACUCUAUGGGGCAGUUCUACUCUGUUCUAUAGGGUCGCUAUGAGUAGGAAUCGACUCGACGGCACUGGGUUUGGUUGGUUUAUCAUUAUGUUUGGUAAACUGAAAACUAUGGAUUGACACAAUAACCACAAUAAUGGACUUAAACAUGAAGAUGGUGAAGGACCCAGGCAACAUUUUGUCCUUAUGUUAUAUGUAAGGUCACCAUGCCUGAGAGCCAGUUGGACAGCAGUUAACAAGGACAAGCCUUGAACACUUCUUGCUUUUAGCUUGCAUGAUUCUGUAUGUUCCUCUUUCAUCUGCUUUUUCUCUGACCAUAUCUUCCCAAUCUGCUUUUGUACCCAGUUUCUCUUUUGCAGCUUUUUCUCGCCUGUAAAAGUUGGAGCUUCUCAUGGUUAUUUUCUAGGCCAGGGAGGACAAACUUUUUUUCUAUAAAGGGUCAGACAGUAAAUAUUUCAGGCUUUGCUGGGCGUAUGGUCUCUGUUGUAGCUACUAAACUCUGCUGUUGUAGCAAGAAAUUAGCCAGAGACAAUACGCUCACCAGUAGGUGUGACUGUGUUUCUAGGCAAGUCAUUCUGCUUUUUUCUUACAGUAAUUUCAUAUUGGAUUUUAACUAAAUUGUUUUCUGAAAAGACAAACAAACAAAAAAACCCAAAACAAAAUAGUUUUCUGCUUCUCAUGUUUAAAGAAACUAGUUUUAUAGGGGGAACAUUGGGCCAGGAUGGCUUUGUAGCUUCCUAACUCCAGAGCUUCCAAUUCUGCUAUUUUUACAAAAUGAUGAAAAAGAUUGACCUGUACUUUCUAAUACCUGCCAUCUCUGCACUCCUCCUACGUAUCUAUCUUGAACUUUUGUACCUUUGCCCCUAUUGUUUAUAUCCAGGUCAAUUUAGAUUAUACUAGGAGCCUGGUGGUGUAGUGGUUAAAGUGUUUGGCUGCUAACAAAAAUGUCAUCGGUUCGAAUUCUCCAGCCACUCCACAGGAGAAAAAUACAGCGGUCUGCUAUUGUAAAGGUUAUAGCCUUGGGAAACCCUGUGUGGCAGUUCACCUCUGUCCUAUAGGGUCGCUAUGAGUCGACUCGAUGGCAACGGGUUUGUUUUUUUUUAGAUUAUACUAUUGGGAGUUUCUUCCCAGUGUGGGACUUUGUUCUGAAAGGGGACAUAGGUUUUUUUUGGUUUGUUUGUUUUUUAGUUUUGAUAUUUUACAAAGUCCAGAGUACUCCACUAUCUUAUGACUUUACCAUUAUCCCCUUGCAUUCACCCACAAGUUUGCAUCUAUAAAAUUUUCUCCAUGUUUCAGCUACUGUUCUCUGAUUGGCUUACUGUGCUUCCCUGAGAGUUCCUCUUGUUGAUUUUGCUUCUCAGGGCCAUGGGACACCUGGAUGCCUUACCCCUGCUUCCUCCUGGGAUUUGCUGUAAAUGUUGUUCAGGGAUUUUCGAUUUUGAAUCCUACUUUCCCUAUUUUUAUGGGGGGAUUACAGAAGAUUCUAAAUCAAUUCCAUCUCUACUGUUUUCUAAUAAUGUGCUCAUAAAAAGUCUUUUAACAUUUAUUUUUCAAACAAGAGAAGUGUUGUAGGGUUCUAGAUUCAAGAUGUUGAGAGCAUGCCCGUUUAUUGAUUUAUCUAUUGAUUCAUUGAUUUGUUGCUGGGUGAAGAAUCCAGAUUUUGCUCAGCGUGACUUGUUACAGCCAGUAAACAAGGGGCUGAGAUGGGAGAUCAGAAAGAUGCCUUUAUUUCACUGUACAAGGAAAGGAGCAGUUGAGGCUGUUCCUUCCAAGACUGCUCUCAGGCAGCUUGAGGAGGUGGGCUUUUACAGAGAGCAGACAAGGAAAUGCAAAUACAUCGUGAAUAUUCAGGAUCGACCUUCAUGCAGGUUCCCAGAGCUUGGGGAUGACUAUGCAUUUUCUUUAGACAAGGGUGCCAUGCCCAGGAUGGAGGAAGAGGUUGAUUUUCUCUCAUUAGGAUGUUAAGUCUCCACCCAGAGGUAGGUUGAGGCCAUCUGUGGCAUGUUCUGUGGUUAUCUUGACACGGACAAUUUUAGAAGAACGUGCAGCUUUUUCUGCUCGGUGUAGGAGGAGAAGCCAGCGCAGGCGUCUUUCAGAACUGUUGGGCUCUGAGGCUGCCUGCCUCAGAUUAUUUUAUUCAUUCACCAAUGACAUUAAUUCUGUUAGUUUUCUCUGAUUUAGAAACAUGGAUUGUUUCAGAUACUAUGUCAGGUGCUUUAACAAACCCUUUUAAAACAACUCUAUUUCCAUUUUCUGUAUCCAAGGUUUAAAACAAUUAUGCUUCAAAGUCAAACAGCUGGUUAGUGUUGGGGACUAUGGGUCAGACACAGGUUUUUCUGAUUCUAAUGGUAUACUCUAAAUUGGUGCCUCUUAAACCUAUAUGGGAAACCUUGGUGGCGUAGUGGUUAAGUGCUACGGCUGCUACCCAAGAGGUCAGCAGUUUGAAUCUGCCAGGCGCUCCUUGGAAACUCUUAUCGGGCAGUUCUAGUCUGUCCUAUAGGGUCACUAUAAGUCGGAAUCGACUUGACGGCAGUGGGUGGGUUAAACCUGUAUGUGCAUGCAGAGUUCCUGGGAACCUUGUUCAAUAGUUAUGCAUUGGGCCUGAUAAUAAGCAUUUUCAACAAGCUCCCAAAUGAUGCCAAUACUUUUGUUCCUAGAACAACACUCUCAGCAGUGAGUUUCAGAGUUUAUUGUACAAAUGAAUGAAAUAUAUAGUUUAAUCAAUUACCUAAUGUUUACUAUUGCCACUCUGUUGGACACUGGGGUAGAAAAAUGUUUCAGCCUGUCUUGCCAUGUUUGCAUAGUCUCUAUAUUAAAAACCUUGCCAUUGAAGGGCGUCACUAUUUCUAGUAGGAAUUAAAGCGUUAAAGCAGAUAUUGACAGGCUAAAAGAAAUAAAAAAGUAACUUUUUACGUACCAACAUAUACCAAAAAAAGAGAGAGAGAAAAAGAAAAAAAAAAAUGCUGUUGAAGUUUUAAGAUUGGUUCUUACUUCCGAGCCAUUGAUGAUGGGAAUUUAAUGGAGAUUGCCCAGCAAGGAAGAAGUGCUAACUGUUCUACAAACCAGCAUUGUUAUUAUAUAAUUUUCUGCUUAGCUGCUCAUCUGAGGUAGAUAAUAUUCUUUUGUGUCUAGGUCAGAUUAGCAUGGUAGCACUGUCAUCAGGCCUCUCGUUAGGUAUCCCCACACGUAGUGCUACUCUAAAAAAUACCAAUUAAAAAAUAUGGCGUGUAGAAAAGCACUCCUUACUGUUGUUAUAGGGUAUUUUUUGGAUCACAUUUAAUGCUUACUGAAGUUUCCCGUUUAUUAUACCCCUGCAUAGAUUUUUCUCAUUGGUAUUAUGCCCACAUUGAAGUGUUCUCUGAUGCCUUGCUACUCAGUGUGGUCCAGGGACCAGCAGCUUCCAUACCACUUGGGAGCUUGCUAGAAAUGCAGAAUCCAUUGAUGAAUUAAUCACUUGUCCCAUAACUGAAAUACUUGAAAUAUUUAUCUUACAGAAGUCUCUAGAGUAUUUCCUUAGAGUAGUUCAUUUUUCAUGAGAAAUAAUGAAAUGAGAUCCUAAUAAUUUUAAUGUGAAAUAUAAUGUUGAGAGCCUUGUGGAAUGAAUCAUUCAGACAUAAAAUAUUUUAAUUAUUUUUUCAAUUUUGCAUUGUCAUUUAUUUUAUGAUAUUCUUUUAAAUGUUAAUAAAAUAGAAAAAAAAAAAAACUACCUGCACAAGUUGCUAAGUAAAUAUUUUAUUGUAUUUUUAUGACUAUUCCUGGCAAUGACAAAUAUCUAUGAAAAAAAAACAAAACGCAGCAUAAGGAGCUUCAGUUUCCAUAUCUGUAAGAAACAGUAAUAAUGGGAUUGUUAUAAGAAUUAAAUGACAUAAUACAUUAUAGUGCUUAGCAUGGGGGCAGGCAUUUUAGUUGUUUUAAUGAUAAACAUUUGUUAUUCUGUGAUUAAGAGAUUAUAGUCAUGAUCAUGCUAAUGGUUAGUCGAAGCCCAAACUGUAAAUCAUUUACUUCAAUUUUUCACCAAGCCUACUACUUGAAAUAUCAUCGUUUAGUAUAAUCUCUUUGCCCCUGUAACCACGUUAGCAUUGUUAUUGUUGUUAGUUGCAUGGUGUAGGCUCUGACUCAUGGUGACAUCAUACACAACAGAAUGAAACGUUGUCUGGUCCUGCACCAUCUUCGUGAGUGUUAGUAUGUUUGAGUCCUCUUAAGGCCAUGGUGUUAAUCCAUAUCAUAGAGGGUUUCCUUUGCUUUCUCUGGCCCUCCACUUUACCAAACAUGACGUUCUUCUCCAGCAAUUCGUGCCUCCUGUCAAUGCAUCCAAAGUGUGUGAGUUAAAGUCUCAGAUAAUAUUCUGUGAUCCAUAGGGACUUCAUUGGCUAAUUUUCAGAAGUAGAUCACCGGACCUUUUUUCCUAAUCAGUCUUAGUCUAGAAACUCCACUCAAACCUGUCCACCAUGGGUGACCCUGAUGGCAUUUUAAAUACCAGUGCAUAACUUCCAGCAUCACAUAGCAACUUGUAAGCCACCACAGUAAGACCAGUUGAGGGACAGGUAGUAGAUAUUGUAGGUAUUUGCUAGUCAUCUCUUUCAUCCUAGUAUGAAGUUGUAGUUAGAGAAAUGAAGAAGGAAAUGGAAAGGAUGAAAAAAAAGUAAUUUAAAGAAAAGGACUUUAAAGGUUUUUUAGUAUCAGAGUAGGAAGCCAGAAAACAACAUGAAUAAAACCAAGAAAUUGAAGUCUGACAAUGAAAGUAAAAUGUAAGAAAGUCCUCAGUCUGUUACUUACUUAUUAAAAUUAUAACUUUGGUUAAGUCAGUUUUCUUGCCUUUAAAGUUAGCUUUUCUCCAUCUUUUUCUUUUUAUUUAUUUAUUUAUUUACUUUUUUUUUACUGAGAGAAUGUAGAGAGCAUAAGCUUAAGAUUGAGAUUGCUAGGUUUCAAAUCCUAGCUCAAACCCUAUACAUUUGGAGUAGUUAUUUAACAGUGAUGAAUCUGAGUUUACCAAUCUGUAAAAUCAUGACAGUGCUGGUGAUGUUGUUAGUUGUCAUCAAGUCAAUUCCAACUCAUGACGACCCCACGUAUGACAGUAGUAGCACAUAACUCGAAAGAAUAAAACACAGGUUAGACCGAUAACAAAACAUGUAGCAUGCAGGAAGUCUAGGAAUGCUAGCUGUUUAAUCUGUUUAUAUUGGGGUUAUAUAAGCUAUGAUGUUAUACGAAUAUUUUGUAUUUGUCCUUUACUUCGUGGGUCCAAAUAAAAUGUUUUUUUAUCUUGCCUGUGUAAGGAGCCCUGGUGGUACAGGUUGAAAGGUUGGAAGUUCGAACCCACUAGCUGCUCCAAGGAAGAAAGAUGUGGCAGUCUGCUUGCUUCUGUAAAGAUUACAGCUUUGGAAACCCUAUGGGGCAGUUCUACUCUGUCCUGUAGGGUCUCUGUGAGUCUGAAUCUGUUAUAUAUUUAACAACAGAGUUAUUUAUGCAAUACAUAUAUAUACUCUUAAACUUUUUACUUAAUUAUUUUAUUUCAUAACAUUUAUAUCAAGGAAACUUAGCCAAAUAUUUCUUAAUUUACUUUUUGAUUUUGUAAGGUUGUAAAAUCUGCAGGUUAUUAUAUGGAAGAGAGAGCUUCAUUAGUAAUAUUGUUCUAUGACUCAGUAUCACAAUAACCAUAUUUUACACCUGUUUGCUUCAAACAGUGGUUUGUGAUGAAAGAACUAUGCAGAGAGAAACCCAGAUUAAAGGGCAAAAAGUUUCAGAAAGCCUUUUCAAGGGGAAUUCCAGUUAUCUGUUGAAAUUGAAAGAAACAAAAAAAGUCAAAAUGACCAAGGGUGAUAUAGCUUCAGAUUUCUCUUUGUUACCUAAUGACACUGUUUAAGAUGGGCUGUCAGAUCCCAUUAAGUUCACUGAUAUAUUCUGUAGUUUAGAUAAAAAUGGAGUUUUCACUCAGCAGGAGGAAAGUAAGAAUUGCAUUUAUUCCAGUCAGGCUCAGCAAUGUUGUUCUUUUCCCGUUGUUGCUAUGGGAUAACAAUUGCAUCAGUAAUAGGAAAGCCAUCAAGCUAAGCUUUACGCAGCAUAAUAAAAUUGUUUCGAUGCAAAUAAGGCUCAGUCACUUAGGGUUCUCAGUUAUGACAAACUGUGGUAACAAACUCUAUAAGUGAAAUCAGAAGCGAAUUGCAAGUGUAUAUGCUAGAUAAAAGAGAGAAAAGGCUUUUCUCUUUCAGUAGGCUCGAGGGUUUUUCUGCAUAUAUAUAUAUUAAAGUGUGAAUGAUCUCACCAAUAUUUUAACAGAUCAGCAUUCGGUAUCACAGAAGUCCUAAUGGAGUUUUUGUUAAAAUAAUAUGAGACAGGUGAGUCUGUGUUAUCAUAUUUGGAACAGUAUAUUUCUCUAGAAUAUGUAAACACAUCCCUGGGGUUAGUUUGGAGAAGGAGAAAAAGAAAUUUGCUAAAAUUUCUUGAUAUUUUCAAAAACUUUAUGCUUAUACAUAUUCACAUUUAAUUCACAAUCCUUAUCUUUUAAAUUUUUAUUCACUGGCAUUAAAAACCAAAGAGGCCCUUAUAUUUACCUGACAUAUGCAGGUAAUACAUGCUUAUCAAACUAAAGAAUUUAGAGCCUGAGUAGAUUUCAUAUUAGGAUUUGAAAUGCAAUUGCCCAUAUUUCAUAUUAUUUUGUCACUCGUUCACAUUUCCCUCAGUGGUUGUUGAUUAGCAAUUAUAAUAGCUAUAUAUAGAGAGAGACCUUCCAGGGAGCUGAAAGAAUAGAUACAAACCUGAAAUCAUACUGAGUUACUGUAAAAAUCUUAGCGAUGUGUAUCUAAAUUUUCAUCAUUUGCUGCUAGGUGCAAUUUGAGAAUGGGUCUUUCCUGUACAGGAAGAGAUUGUAAAUAUGCAGAUGGGCACGAAAGCCUGAAUUUGUAAAGCAGUGUUACUGUGCUCGAUGAUAAUUGUAAAUGUUUCUGGAUGGGAAUUAGAUUUGGGAAAUUUAGCAACUAACAAAAAUAAGCAUUCCAAAACUUUGUAGGUGAUGGGUUCAUUUGUUUUUAAUUAAGUCUGAAGAAAGUGCACAUGAUGUCGCACAGUAAAUAGGUCCUGUCACCUUAAAUUACCAGUCACCCCAGGACAGAGUCUAUGGCAGCAGUGCUAUGGACCUUAACACCACAAAAUGAGCUUGCUUGUGGAGCUUGGAGUGAAAUGUCUCUUACAAAAAUGUCACCAUUACGCUUCUUUAACUCCACCUGUAUGACUCUUCACUGCAGUUUAAAGAUAGCAUCUCAAGUAACUGAGACCUUUCCCAUACUGGUCAUUUGCUCACUCUUAGACUGAAUUUUUUAGUUAAUAUAUUGUUCUGAAGCUGGGUGAUGAAUAAUUGGUCAGACAUGGUUGAGACUGGGUGUUAAACCAUCAAGCCAGGAGCUGUGAAAUGGUCUGAGAUUCCACCCUCUUUUCAAGCUAGCAAGUUAGCCUGUCACAGUUUCACAGACACUGGAAGAAAGACAGGGAUCUGGAUGAGAGACAAAAGAGAGUUUAUUACUUACAGUAAAAAUAGGAGCCAGAGAACAUCAUGGUGCUCUUCCUUGAGCUCCAGUUCCCCAGGGUGUAGUGACAAGGGCCAGGUGCUGCCUGCAUAUGUGAUGAGACUGCCCGAGAGGAACCUUGAAAUCAGGAGACGUUUUCUGUACGGGCUGUUGGCAAACCUGCCCAUCUCAUUUCUGGAGAGAGAUUAUCUGUAUUACACUGGAAUAUGAAAAAAAAUCUCUCCGAGAAGGAAAGAAGAUAUCUCUAUCUUUAUUACCCAGAAAUGUAAAUAAAUAUGUUCUAGAGAGCUUCAGUGUCUCCGUAUUUCCAGAGCUGUCUGUUUAUACAAAUAUUCCUGAAAAAGUAGCCUUGAAGCAAAUUGUCUGUUAAUAUCUAAAUGUUCAUUUUCAUGAAGAAUAAUCUGCCAACAAUUAGGUAUUGCUUUGCAUGUGACAAAACUCAAGUUUUUAUAUUCCCAUUCUCCAACGUCCUGCCCUUCAGGUGCACUGGAGCCCUUCUCUUCGGGCUGUACACAUUAGACAUACAGAAUGCGAUCAACUUAGUUCUUUAAUUAGCCUCUUCACAUUGAUAUGCCCCUUAGGCAUAGAUAUAUAGCUUCACCAAAGUUUGGGAGGCUCGAAAUCAUAGACUACCUGAGGAUGAUAGCAAUAGGUGUCUUCAUGAAAUGGCAUUAUUGAAAUUUGUUUCUUUUUUUUUUUUUUCUUUUAAAAACAACGUGAUUCCUCAAUGGCUAUAGAAUCAAAAGAAACCACUCAUGAUUUAAAAAUCAAAGAACUAAUUUCAUGCAUUCCUUAAAAUGUUAUAACAUUUUUCGUAGUAACAGUCCCUCCUCCUACCUCCAUCACCCAGAAUUUGAAAAUAAGGGGAUAUGUGCCCUUCUUUGCCACAGCCUGUCAACAACUGCUCCUAUUCCUAUUAUUACACUUACGUUUUUAACCAUGACUCUUGAUCCACAAAAUUCACUUUUCCUUUAGGUAUCCACACUGAUUCAAAGGGGAAAGUGCCUGAUUCACGUUUUUAUGCAUUUGCCUCAGGCAUGUAUGCCUUUCCUUGAUACCCAUAGUAAAGGCUAAAAAAAAAAAAAA